CUUCCGUUGCGGCCUAUGCGUAUAUCAAUAUUCGUACACGUCGCACCAUGCAAUGAUUUCUUCGCUUCACUGUCACUGCGCUUUCUCGAAUCAGCCCCAAUCCUUUUCUUCUCGCCCCUUCCCUUCUCGCUUUUGUCAAGCUCUUCUUCACUGUAUAGCGUACCGCUUUUAGCCAUGGCUUUUGCUCAUUACUUGGUAGCUGUUCCUGUUGAUACUUCAAUUCACCUAAAAACUCCAAUUGCCUGCACUUUUUCUUCUCCUUCUGCUGCUGCUGCUGCUGCUACGCCCCUGUCCUUACCUUUCUCUUCGCUUCCUGUUGGAUCUAACACUGGAAAACUCUCUGUCAUUCCCAGAUUUCCAAAAAUCGGACAUAGAGCCAAGGCUAAGGCACAAGAAUCUGAAGUCAGUUUAGCUGCAGAUGCCUUUACUCAUUUCAAACAUCUGCUUCUUCCAAUCACGGACAGGAACCCUUAUCUUUCUGAGGGUACAAGACAGGCUGCUGCUACUACUGCGGCAUUGGCCAAGAAAUAUGGGGCUGACAUCACUGUUGUAGUUAUUGAUGAAAAACAGAAAGAUUCAUUGCCAGAGCAUGAAACCCAAAUGUCUAGCAUUCGCUGGCAUCUCUCUGAAGGUGGAUUCCAAGAAUUCAAGUUGUUGGAGCGGCUUGGUGAAGGCAACAAGCCCACGGCCAUCAUUGGCGAGGUUGCCGAUGACCUAAACUUAGAUUUGGUAGUAAUAAGCAUGGAGGCAAUUCAUUCCAAGCAUGUGGAUGCUAACUUACUGGCUGAGUUCAUUCCUUGCCCCGUCUUACUUUUACCCUUGUAGAUUCCAAACUUUUCCCUGGAGAAACAGUGACCUAACAAUAUUGUCAUUCAAAGUGCGGGCCUUCUCCUGAUGGCUUUUUAGUUUAUCCAGCUUGUUUAGCUUUUUAUUUUUGGUCAAGUUUGUUCAAGGGCUUUUGGGCGUCCUGCCCAAGUUGAUUCAGAACUUGCGGGCGUGCAUUGUUGAGUCAAUCAACCUAGGAAAGGGAUCAAGCAUAAUUGCGGUGGUGUUUUUAUUGUUACUUGGUGUUUUUAUUGUUAUUUGACGAGAGCAAGUAGUAGCAUGAAUUGAAGAGAAUGGUAAAAAUAGUGUUGUUAUGGUCCUCA